AUGCAUACUACUGUGCUCUCCGUCCUGGCUGGUGCCAGUCUUGUCUCGGCAUGGACUGAAAUCCAUCACAAGGCCUUCAUGAACAAGAACGUCGAUGCGAUCGUUGUGCCGGGCACUUAUACUUCGCACAUGCACACGUUCUUUGGAAGCGAUGCCAUCACCAAGGACAUGCCUACCUCUGCUGACCUGCAGAAGGGCUGCUACAGCGGAGAGAACCCUAAUGACUUGUCCGCCUACUGGACCCCUACCCUUUACUACGUUGAGGACGGGAACUUCAUCGAGGUGCCUGUUUUCCGCUUCAGCACCUACUACAACAAUGCCCAGUCCGAAAUCGCCAUCCCCCAAGACUUCGCCAUGGUGUCCGGUAACGCGUCCGCUAAAACCCAAGCCGAGGCUGACCACCCUUCCAACGCGCUGGAAUGGUUCUGCGAGGGCUCCGACGAGCGAGAAUCUGACAUUGCUAAGUUCCCUACCAGCACCUGCGACCAGCACCUCCAGGUCUCCCUGCGCUUCCCCGACUGCGUCAACCCGGAUAACAUCGCGGAGUACGACUUCAGCGAUGACUCCAACAAGUGUCCGGAUGAUAUGAAGUCGAUGCCACAGCUCCGUUACGCUGCUCGCUAUGACACCAAGUCAGUCCUCCCUGACGGCUGGAGUGGCGACGCCCCAUUCCAGCUCUCUUGCGGCGACACUCCGGGCAACGGAUACUGCUUCCACGGCGAUUUCAUCAACGGUUGGUUUGAAGACGCCGCGGAAAACAUGCUGGCGGCUGGCGGCGGUGGCUACGAUGAUGGGCAGUUCAUUAGCGGCGAGCACGGCUCUGAGACCGCUGAGGACACUUGCACUCCUACCGAUCAGGACCCGGACAACGGUACCAGCGACUACUUCACCAGCGUUGACAUGAUGAAUGGUGGUUCUGCCGAUACGGUGGACUCUCCUGCUACGGCUUCCACCACUCAGGCCCUGGUGGCGUCGUCGACGAUCUCCGCGUCGGUCUCGACCUCGAGCGCGGCUACUGCUUCCAAAUCUCACGGAAAGCACAGUUCCCCUCACAGAAUGGCUUUGUGA